AUUCCUGGUAACAUUACAAAUAACGCGCCAUGCAUAUGGCGGACGCGUCGCGUAUCAAGUAUUCUAUUCCUUCAUAAACAGAAUAAACCUAAUAUAUUCCACCUGUGAUCAAUAAUAGUUAAAAAUAUAUUACAGUCUAUAUCAUUUACAUGAAAUAUUUCAAAAACAAACGGUUUUAAUACGUAUUGAACUAGUCAACGUCUAUUUUACGUGAAUUGGUUCAUUAAAAUUAAAAUGGACAGAGUUCAUUCAGUAAACUCUGACGAAGAGAGUGACCGAACCGACUUUGAAAGCGACGUCGAAAACAUAAAUAUCAGCAGCGCGGAAAAGACCUCAAGACGGACAAGUCAAGCAUGGAAAUAUUUUGGGAUUUUAGACGAGGCCAAGUGUUUGGCGCGCUGCAACCUUUGCCUGAGCGUUAUGUCAUUCCGGACGUCAGUGUCAAACUUAAUGAAACAUGUCAAGACGAAGCAUCCGUUCGCACACAGCCAAAUGAAAAAGGAGAUUGCCAAUAGUGAGAAGCGCAGUUCGUACACGGGCAUCAAUAAUAUGUUGAAAGAGCAAAAACAUGAAACCACGGACGAGGACGGGAUAAAGAAAAUAUUCGUCUCGACCGAUGGUAAGGUGUAUGAAAUCGAAACUGAACAGGGAGAUGAAUUUUCACAACAAGGACAAAUAAACGCUACCAAUGAAAAUGAAGAAAUAAAAUCGAUGAUGGAACAAAUAACCGGCUCGCCGUUGAAGAAGCGCAAGCGCCCCAAGCACGAGUACAUAUACGCGGACGUGGAGCCAAAGAAAUAUCGCACGGAAUAUUCUAGAAACUACGAUGCGAGCGAAAAUAAAAUUGUUCUGCAGUCGCCCGAGGUCAUGGACCCCUUGGAUCAUUUAGCUAAAUAUCUGAUAUCGAUACUGAAGGAUCUGCCCAAGUCCGUAUCUAGCGAGUUGCAGCUCAAAUUUGUCCAACUAGCCGUCGAAGCGCAGGUCAAAUGCGAGAAGGACAAGGAUGUUGUGAAGAUCAAAAUCCCAGAUAGUGUUGCGCCUGACGCGGGCGACGAGGCAUAACUAUAACUUGUUAUGUACUAGUAAGUAUUAGGUUAAGUAACAGGUGAUAUUAGGCUAUUACAGAAUAGAGUAUUUGUUUUUCACAAAUCGUGAUGUAAAUGUUAGAAAAGUAUUUUCGUUAAAUACUAGUAAACAGAUUCAUUACUGUAACACGAUUUUUAGGAAUUAAAUAACAGAUUAUGUAUAUAGUAAUAAUUCAAAGAAUCCUUGUAAAAUAGAUUGAGAGAAAUUGUUAAGUCUAUAGUUCAUAUUUUAAACGGAUUUAAAUAGUAAAUUAUAGUUUUUAUAGCCUAACAACGAAAGUAAAGUGACCUUUAAAUACUUUAAAUAUAUUAUUAGCUAUUAAAUGUGCUUCCUUUUUCCUUCUACAGUAAAUUGUAAUAUUACGUCCGAGAUUACAAUCUGUCUUAGGUUAAGAAAAAUGUACAAAAAUAUAUUUUUUUCUUUUUUCAAGAUAAAAUAAUACCUAGUAUUUCUGGUAUUGAGUAUCGGAUAUCGAGUACACAUUGACGUAUAUCAAAAGUAUCUCUAAUACCGUUAUAUUUUAUUUAUUUCACUACGUAUAAAAACUAUUCACUAGUUUUGAAAAAUCUUUAUAUUAAGUGCUAAGCUGACUAAACAUUUUCUAAAGAUGGACAUGCGAAAAUCAAUAUAUUUUCUCGUAACUUCUAGCAGAUGGCACUAUGAGUUGGCAGGCGAAAAAAAGUGCAUUUAAACACAGUUGUGCAAAUAAAUGAGUUAAAAUAAUGAACAA